AUGCUUCAGAUAAUCCCAAAUCGCUUCGUGGAAGCACCAGGAGAGCGCCCAGCCAGUAACGGGGCCAGCAUUAACGAAUCCGGGGCAGCAGCAGGGCGCGUGGUGGGGGGCGUGGAGCGAGGGCGGGUAGUAGACUGGGGGGUGAUGGAGGAUGCAUGGCGAUACAUGCUGUACGAACAGAUGGGGUGGGAGGAGGGCGGUGAAGGGGCCGUGCUGCUGUGCGAGCCCAUUCUUACCCCAAGAGCAUCUCGAAACGCAUUCCAAGAGGCGUCUCGCCUCACCACUCGCCUUUCUCACAACAAGGGCGGGUCACACUUCCGAGCCGACAGGGAGCAAGCAGCAGCACACGCCCAUUCUCUUUUAAGGCUUCUUGCAGAGCCAUCCUCCUCCCGAGUCGAGCAAGCAGAGCAAAAGUCACCUUCUUUGCAGAGCCAUCCUCCUCCGAGGCGGACGGGAGCAAGCAGUGCAGCGCAGAUCCUUUUUGAGUUGUUCAGCUGGUCGGGCCUCUUUACAGCAGAGCAGAGCAGCCAUCGAUUUUCCCCAGUCCCCUUCCUCCGCACCCUUCUCUCCCAUUUUCUCUCACUCCCUCUCCUGUCAGGCGGACAGGAGCAAGCAGCGCAGGUCCUCUUUGAGUCCUUCAGCUGUUCGGGUUUCUUUGCAGCGGAGCAGCCAGUGCUGGCACUCUAUGCGCUCGGCCGCGCUCUCGGCUGCUGUGUGGACCUAGGCCAUGGCAAAACAGAUUUCUCUGUCGUGCAGGAAGGGGCGUUGAUCCCUCCUCUGCUCGCCUCCAACCCCCCACCCAUCCUCCCACCCAUCCUCCCACCAUCCUCCCACCCAUCCCCCCACCCAUCCUCCCACCCAUCCUACAACCCAUCCCUCCUCACACCUCACCUCUCAUCCACUCGCCUCGCUCACUCUGAUCCCUCCCGUAUUUAUCCCCUCCCGUAUUUUUCCCCUCCUUACACUCUUGGCCCCUCUCUUUCCCCCUCAGUCCCCCUCUGCUCCGCCUCGUGGGCCCCUCUUUGCCCCCAUUCAGCACAUCCUCCUUUGCACGCAUCUCUCUCGGCAGUGAACGAUUCGAAGUUGCAGAGGCUCUCUUCCGACCCUCCCUCCUCACCCACAACUCGCUUCUUUGACUCGCCACAUGCCGUUCAUUCUUGGCCCCCCUUUUCUCAACCUCCCUUCCAUUGCAGCGCAUCUCUCUCGGCAGUGAACAACUUGAGGUUGCAGAGGCCCUCUUCAGACCCUCCCUCCUCGCCCACAACUCGCUUCUUUGACUCGCCACAUGCCGUUCAUUCUUGGCCCCCUUCUUCUCAACCUCCCCUCCCAUUGCAGCGCAUCUCUCUCGGCAGUGAACGACUUGAGGUUGCAGAGGCCCUCUUCAGACCCUCCCUCCUCGCCACAACUCACUUCUCUCACCGCCCUCCUCGAGGCCUCCCAUUGGCUGGUCCCGACUCGGCUGGCAUCGUUCGGCAGCUUCUGAGUGUGGUGUUCGAUGCAGCAGGGCUAGGAGGGGGAGGCGGAGGAGGAGGGGUAGGGGGAGGGAUGGGGGGUGUGGGCGGGGGAGGAGGCUCGGGGGAGGAGGGAUGGGGGUGGAAGGGGGGGAAAGCAGCGGGCAGCCUUGGAGUCCAUUGCGGUGGUGGGGGGAGGGUCGUGCCUCAAGGGGUUGGUGGAUCGGUUUCAGAGUGA